AAAAGAUGUUUCUUCCAAUGGGCAUGUGGUUCACCGUUGUGAUUUUUCUCCUCGGUAUUCCAGGAGAUCACUGUGCCGAGAUCUAUGGAGGAAAAGAAUCAAUUCCACAUUCAAGACCUUUUAUGGCCAAGAUCCCAUACCCAGCACUUUGUGGGGGGACCCUGAUCAAACCAAACUGGGUAUUAACAGCAGCUCACUGCGAAAUAACAAAAGACACUGAAGUUAUUCUUGGAAUUCAUUCAGAAGAAGACAAAACAAAACAAGUUUUCAAAGUUAAUAAGAAAUUUCCUCACCCAUACUAUGAUAGUGUCACAAACGAGAAUGACAUUAUGCUUCUACAGCUUAAUAAACAAGCAAAACUUAACAAGAAUGUUGCCAUCGUCAAGCUUCCCCAGGAGUAUGGUGACGUCGAGGCAGGAACACAGUGUCUGGUAGCUGGCUGGGGGCUUACUGAAAGUCAAAGACCAUCAGAUGUCCUCCGUGAAGUUAAUGUCACUGUCAUUGCAAGAACCAUCUGCAAUGAUCGAAACCACUAUAAUUCCAAUCCAAUAGUGACAAUGAAUAUGGUCUGUGCUGGUGACAAGAGAGGAGGCAAGGAUUCAUGUUCUGGCGAUUCUGGUGGUCCUUUGAUGUGCAAAGGGGAACAAAGAGGCAUCGUUUCCUUUGGUAAAGGAUGUGCAAAGCCUAAGUAUCCUGGUGUCUACACCCUUCUGACAAAGGAAUAUUCUCGUUGGAUAAAUAGUGUUAUACAAAGCAAUUAA